AGACAACUCUUGUCGAACAAGAGACAUCAUGGACCUUCCUGCUCUCUCUCCUAUCGCUGGCUGCAGGGUGGUUUCCUCUUAUUUUUUGCGGAAGUGAUGAUAUGUUCCAUGGAGCCAUAUUAUGUAAAUUCUAUUGCACAAUCGUGUUGUGCAGCCUGUUGUGAAUCAAAUGAAGACAAUCUCAAGUGUAAAGUAAAUGAUAGUAAAUAACUAUGUAUCUAACAUAAAUGCAGUUUAUAUUUGUGUAGAAAGCCACAAUAUGUCUGGCCCAUAAAUCUCACUUAUAACAUUUCUUUAUAAGGAUGUGACUCAUUGCAGUGAAGGGAAAGAAAGACAAAGUACAGCCAUCUUCGAGCUGCAGGGUGUGUGUGUGUUGUUGUUGUACUUCUGUGUGAGGACUAUUUAAAGCAUAGACCCUACAGAGUGAUCAGUCCUCACUUUUUCAAAGGGCUGUUUGUGGGGUAAAACUUAGGUUUUAGGGUUAGAAUUAGGUUAAGGGUUCGGUAUUGUGUUUGGGGCAAUAAGUGUCCUCACUAAGACAUAAGUGCAAACGUGAGUGUGUGUGCGCAUGUCAAUCCCUUGCAGCUAAACCUGUUUUCCCUCAGAUCAUUUCUCAGAAAGGUUUGUCUUUAUUUGGUCAACACAUUAAACCCAAAUGUGUGAGUGUUAGCCACUAGUUCCUGUGCACCCUGCUCACAUCCCUCGGUCUCUACUUCAAUGUUUCCCCUCCAUAUUGUCUGAUAUCUUAUCUCUCCAGUCUUCAGGGGUUGUCUCUCACACUGGCCCGUGCACAGGAUGAGGUGAACGUGUAACCAGCUGUGAGGAAGCACACAGGCCGGAUCCUUAACAACACGCACACAACAAACUGCAGUGUCGCUGUGAAGAAGCCUUAUACUGUUGUUUAUACACAAAAAUGCAUCAACGCGAUAUUUUCCUACGUCCCUGCCUCGGGGGCGAACGCGCAUGCGCACCACUCGCUCGGCGCUGGCCUUAUUUGGAUAUGGUAAUGAGUCGCCGCGCAGAGCCAAUGAGGGGCGGGUGAGCUGCAACGUGACGGCGAAGCACCGCUCGGGGGGCGGGUCGGGCGCGGGGCUCAGCUUAAAAGAGGCGGACGAGCCCCAACGCUCUCAGUGCAGGGAGAAGCAGCGAGUGCCUGUGAGGGGGGAACUUUGUUUCUAUGAAACUUAGGAAGAGCAGCAAAAUAUAGUAAAAACUACCAGAAUCCCUCGUGAACCAACCACCUGCCCCCAGGGUGUGAGGUUUUUAGUGCAGUUCGCCCGGAAAGGGCCGCGCCACUCACUAUUCUUACACUUUUUUGAAAGAAUGUGUGAGGCAGACAGUUAGCCGGCUAAGCUAGCUAGCUGAGACGUGAUACAGGCGGCAGGAGAACAAAAGGUUUUUUUUUUGCGUUGGGCCGGUUGUACUGACACCAAGUCCAUGCAGAACGUGUCAUUACCAUCACAAUGCCCGUUUUACUUUUUCUGAUAGACACGUCCGCUUCAAUGAACCAGCGCACCCAUCUGGGCACUACCUAUCUGGACAUAGCAAAAGGCGCAGUUGAGACUUUUAUGAAGCUCAGGGGCAGAGAUCCGGCGAGCCGAGGGGACCGGUACAUGUUGGUAAAUUUUGAAGACGUUCCCUUCGGGAUCAAGGCCGGAUGGAAGGAGAGCCACGCCACAUUCAUGACAGAGCUCCGCAACCUCCAAGCAACUGGACUCACAUCUAUUGGCCAGUCCUUGAGGACCGCUUUUGAUUUACUCAAUCUCAAUAGAUUAGUGACUGGGAUAGACAACUAUGGACAGGGAAGGAAUCCCUUUUUCCUCGAGCCCGCCAUCAUCAUCGCCAUCACCGACGGCAACAAGUUGACGAGUGGCGGCGGAGUCCAAGAUGAGCUCCAUCUGCCUCUGACCACCCCGCUACCAGGUAGUGAGUUGACCAAGGAGCCCUUCCGCUGGGACCAGCGUCUGUUCGCCCUGGUGCUGCGGAUUUCCGGCAACGCCUCAGUGGAGCCUGAACCCCUCGGAGGCGUCCCGCCUGACGAUUCCCCCAUCACUCCCAUGUGUGAGGUCACAGGAGGACGUUCUUACAGCGUGUUCUCUCAGCGGAUGUUGAAUCAGUGUCUGGAGUCUCUGGUGCAGAAGAUUCAGAGUGGAGUGGUGAUAAACUUUGAGAAGACUGGGCCUGACCCUCCUCCACUGGAGGAUGCUCCAGCUGAGGUGUUGAAAGGUGGUCUGCAGCCUUGGCAUUGCUGCCACAAGCUGAUCUACGUACGACCCAACCCUAAAACUGGCGUUCCCAUCGGCCACUGGCCCAUCCCAGAGGCCUUCUGGCCCGACCAGAACUCCCCCACGCUGCCCCCGCGCUCAGCCCACCCACACGUACGUUUCUCCUGCCUGGACUCUGAGCCCAUGGUGAUUGACAAGGUGCCCUUUGACAAGUACGAGCUGGAGCCUUCGCCUCUCACACAGUACAUUUUGGAGAGGAAGUCUCCACACACCUGCUGGCAGGUGUUUGUGUGUAACAGUGCCAAGUACAGUGACCUGGGCCAACCCUUCGGCUACUUAAAGGCCAGCACAGCCCUCAACUGUGUCAACCUGUUUGUGAUGCCCUACAACUACCCUGUUCUUCUGCCACUUCUGGACGAUUUGAUCAAAGUGCACAAGUUUAAGCCAACCAUCAAAUGGCGGCAGUCCUUUGAGAACUACCUGAAGACUAUGCCUCCAUAUUAUAUUGGGUCUGUGAGGAAAGCCCUAAGAAUCAUGGGAGCACCAAACCUGCUGGCUGAAAACAUGGAGUACGGCCUGAGCUACAGCGUGGUCUCGUACCUGAAGAAGCUCAGUCAGCAGACAAAAAUCGAGUACGACCGUCUGAUUGCCUCGAUUGGUAAAAAGCAACCACCAGAGGCCGGCAUCAAGGUGCGUUGGCGGGGCGGUGGUAUAUCUCUGGCCCAGCGCAGGAACUUCAUCCACCAGCUGCUGAAUCUCUCAGGAGAAAGCCCGACUCUGCCCAUGGAGCUCAACACCAAAGAGUUUCAAGGUUUUCAUCUGGCUCUGCUCAACAAGGGCCUGAAGCCUCAGAGCUUUAGGAAUCCCUACGACGUCCCCCGCAGCCACCUGCUGGACCACCUGAGCCGGAUGAGGAGGAAUCUGCUCAACACCAGUGUCUGUUCUCUCAGAGGGCAAGACUCGGACCAGCUCCACAGCGUGCCAAUCGCCCAAAUGGGCAACUACCAGGACUUCCUCAAAGCUGCCCCUCAGCCGCUUCGAGAUGCAGACCCCGAGCAGCCCAAACGCCUGCACACAUUCGGAAACCCCUUCAAACUAGACAAGAAGGGUAUGAUGAUCGACGAGGCAGACGAGUUUGUGACGGGCCCUCAGAACAAAGGGAAGAGACCAGGAGACAGUAGCAACAUGCAGGGUGGAGGCCCCAAGAGACGGCGCUGCAUGUCGCCUCUGCUUCGUCUGGGUAGAGCUUACACGCCUCCAGUAUCGCCACCCGCCAGCCCUCGAGCUACAGCAGACAUGGACAUGAAUGAUGGAGCACCUGAACCAGACCUGAUCAUCAACCACCUGGAUCAGAACCAUUACAGCUCAGACAGUAGCUUGGACUCAGAGGUGGAUCAGCUGUUAGGGUCGAGCAACCACCAAGAGAACCACACGGGCCUGGAACCCCAGGACCUCCUGCACGGAGACAAUGACGAUGACGACGACGAUGAUGACGACGACGACAACGAGAACGGCCGAUCCCCGGAUGGGGAGCUGCCGCCGGGUAGCGAGGAUGGAAUGGACAUGCUGCUGAUGGACGAACAGCCGCCUCGCUACCUGUCGCCUACAGCUCUGAAGAAGCACAUUCACGAAGAGACGACCAAGGUCAACAAUGAGCUGAGGGUCCUCAUCACUAAGGAGAUCAGGAAACCUGGCCGACACUAUGAGAAGAUCUUCCUCCUCCUGAAGCAGAUCCAGGGAACUCUGGACACUCGGCUCAUCUUUCUCCAGAACAUCAUCAAAGAGGCAGCUAGGUUCAAGAAGCGCGUUCUCAUCGAGCAGCUGGAAAACUUCCUGGAGGAGAUUCACAACAGAUCCAUGAACAUGAACCACGUGGACCCGCUCUGAGACCGAAGUGAUCCCAGACUGAACUUAUUGAUAACCCCCCCACCUCUUCCCCUCCUCCCCCCUGUGUAUAGGGGCCCCUGCGGAGACGAGACGGCAUCCAGCUCUCAGAUCUUUCACCCCUCAGGUGGACACUCUUCAUUUAUGUGUUGGUUUACACACAGUAUGAACUAGAAGCAGCGUUGACUCUGGAUGAUACAGGUGCAUUGUUCAGAUAUUAAAAAGGGGGAGAGAGAGGAAUCAUCUUUGUUGCUGCAGGUGAAGUGUUUGCCUAUGCAAUGGGAUGUUUGGCCUGUUGAACAUUCCGCCACGGUCGCUUUUCAGAACUGUGAAUUCAUCCUCAGGCGUUCCCUUUGAUUAUUCUCCUCCCCUAAAUUUGAUCUUUGGUUUUUAAGCGACAAAUGAAAGGGAAUAGUCCCUCAAGUGGGGAAGAGGAGUAAACGAGGGACAUUUCUGCAGCGCACCCUGCUCCUGGAUGAGAUGUUCAAUCCUGAUUUCUCUGUCAUAAUGUUAUAGGCCAACAAAGAAGGAAGGGGUUCACAUGUGCACGUUUUCAUCCAACUCAGGGUCAGAUGGGAUCCAGACAUAAAAAUUCGUACUUUUCUCAUCUUUUCAUUCGUUCACUUCUGUUUUCAGGUUCGGUAUUCUAUUUUUUGUGGGAGGAUGAGACUCUGUCAUCAUGUGUGACUGUUGAAAUCUAAUUUCCACACUCCGCUUACUAAAGCACUCCACUGCUGAACUCUUAAAUGGAAUUAAUAUUCAUCAUGCUUCAAUUCAGAUCUCGACUUUGUCAACUGGUGGUUUAACUAAUAGAAUGACAACUAAUAACUGAGGUGUAACGUAAGAAAGAAUAAUAAUUGUUCUUCCUCCUGAGGGAAAAAAGAUCCACUGCUUUCAGUACAUUUGCAGACAGUGAACUUAAAAAGUCCCAGGCUUUUGCAGCGCAGGUUCUGAGAGAGGGCAACACGGUAAAAAGUCAAAUAAUUGUGAAUGUUUGAACAUUAUUGGUAAUAAAUGUUGAAAUACAGGGACAAAAAGCUCAGGAACUGAUACUAAAUGCAUCACGAUCAGCAAUAACGUUGGAGCAACAUUAAUUCCUCCACUACCACCCAACUCUUACUUUAGUGUGAAACAGCUGAUGGGCAACAUCAACCAUCGUCCACUGGAGUGUUGACGAACUGAGGUCUCGGAUGCCAGCUUGUCCCAAUGUGCUGGUCGCUGCCAAAUACCGUUAGUCCCGCUCCCAGAACUCCCCGUCUCCCUGCCGUGAAUCUCAAACCGACUUCUUGUCACUUAACCGUGAAUGCACUUGUGUAAAUUUGAGAAUUUUUAUUUAAUAUAAUUUAAAAGAAAAAAAAACUACCUAUUUUUUUUUUGUUGCAGAAGAUUUUUUUUCUCUUCAGUUUUCUCAAAUAUACACAAAUAAUCUGAAGUGAGGUCAAGAGUUGAUUUCUGAUUCAGGGGGCCGCCCUUUUUCUGUUCCCUCCCCCCCCUUGGACAGGGACCAAAAUCUGCCAUACUUGUCUUUGUUUGUGAAGAGGCCGCUACCAAAAGAGUAUUUUGAAUACACUGUAAAGAUGUAAAUAACCCUAGAGUACUAUUUAAAGAGAAUGUCCUGCGUAAAAUGGCCUUUUUGUAAGUAUUUCCAUGAAUAAAGUUUCUAUUUUACACUGUGAAGGGCCAUGUAAAUAAAGUGUUAUGUAUA